CUUUAUUGGAGGCCCGGCGCUUAUUAGAGGUCCGGCGUUUAUUGUGUUGCAAAAAGUUACAGAUCCGGCGCUUAUUGCAGGCCGGCGCUUAUUUGAGGCCCAGCGCUUAUUAGAAGAAAUGCGGUAUAUAUAUAUUUCGUCAGUUUUUCAUCUCUUCUGUACAGAAUAAAAGUUAUACAUGAGCCGAUGAUCAGGAACCCGUCAAGUGACAAUUACUUCGAGAGAUGAUCGAGGAUCCACAGGAAGAGACAAGGAAGAUUUGAAAAUAACUAUUCCCGGUUCCGGUAGCGACGGUGCUAACAAGAACGAUUCUUCAGGACAGGCUGAUGAUUAUACUGUGAAACCGCCAACCGACCAGUGGACAACUGUAAAACGUAGAAAGGGGAAACAUAAAAACAUACCACAACAGCAAUCACAUAAUCGAGGUGGCAGAAAUCAUUUUGGAUUUCGUAGGCAUCAACAGCAGUAUCUGCCACCAAAACAUCAGAACGACCACCAACAACAAAAACGGCAACAACAUCCUCCACAGGAUCCGCAACAGCAAGUAGAACAGAGACAACAUCAUCAUCAUCAGCAGCAGCAGCAGCAAGAACCAAUUCAUUACGACAGUACAGAAGUCAUGGGUGCAUGUCAGAGCCUCAGGAGCAAAUCCGAUCAGAAAAUCCCUUCUCCGAUCAAAAUAAAAGAAUACAUCACAAACUCUGGGUUAAAUAUCACUUGCUAUACUGGGGACGUCACCGCAGCUGGUGCUGAAGGAAUUGUAACUGCAGAGGGUUGUGGUAUGGCUAACCCCAGUAUGGUGACACAAUCGCUGUUAAAAAUGGCUGACAUUGAUUAUGGUGACUUAGCCUCUGCUGUAAUUCGUAAAUUUGGUACAGUUGAUCUAAAGGUUGGAGAAGUCUAUUGCCUACAAACACUUGAAUACGGGAUUAUGCUACAAUUCAAAUCUAUAUUUUUGGCUAUAGUUCUGCCAUUUGAGGACGCUCGUAAUAAGAUUUACUGGAAAAGCCACACGGUAUAUCUGUACUAUAACCUUUUAAAUGAAGCUGAAAAGAACGGUUUAAAGUCACUUGCCAUUCCUCUGUUGGGAUCAGGAAAGGCUGGAGCUCCAUUGGAACUUGCUAUAGAGGCCUUAGUAACAGCGUUGGGUAUGUACCAAGCCAAAAGUCUCAGUGAUAUCAUGUUGGUCAGUUUCACUGAAAAGAAUCUUAACAAGAUCACAAAGCAGUGGGACGAGUAUUUUGCUAAAGAGUCUCAACCUGUUCAUUUGAAGAAAUGUAGAAAGACGAAGUCGGUUGAGUCUAUGGAAAGGUCGAAACCACCGCCAGUGUUCUCUAAAAUGAAAUCAGUCUUUGAGGGCAAUGUCAGUGAGUGUAAUGAUGGUACCAACCAGACGGCACAGUCACAGAAUCCUCACCAUCUUGCUAGUGACCAUGGAAACCAGAGGUCAUCAGAUGGCAUUGGUCAUGGACUUGACAGAGCAUAUGAUGAUAACUUAGGCAGGCCUGAAGAUCAAGAACAAAGAGAAAUAUUCAGUUAUAAACAUCAGGCUAAUACCAAUUCUAAUGAAUCAUACAUUGAUGCACAUAUUCAGCCCAAACCACACCCAGAUGCUCAUUCAAGAGGAUCCUGGUCCUCUGCCGACUCCCAUGGAAAUAGUGGCCAGUCACCUGAAGAGCAGUCCUUUAGCUCUCUGACAAAUAAAAGCAAAGACAAGCAGGCAGACGACAACAAACCUGACGAACAGAAACAGAACAAUGGAAAUCAACGCCAGGAUGAUCCAGGCCAGUCACCUGAAGAGCAGUCCUUUAGCUCUCUGACAAAUAAAAGCAAAGACAAGCAGGCAGACGACAACAAACCUGACGAACAGAAACAGAACAAUGGAAAUCAACGCCAGGAUGCCAGCUCCCGGGGCAAGAAUCUUAACAAGAUCACAAAGCAGUGGGACGAGUAUUUUGCUAAAGAGUCUCAACCUGUUCAUUUGAAGAAAUGUAGAAAGACGAAGUCGGUUGAGUCUAUGGAAAGGUCGAAACCACCGCCAGUGUUCUCUAAAAUGAAAUCAGUCUUUGAGGGCAAUGUCAGUGAGUGUAAUGAUGGUACCAACCAGACGGCACAGUCACAGAAUCCUCACCAUCUUGCUAGUGACCAUGGAAACCAGAGGUCAUCAGAUGGCAUUGGUCAUGGACUUGACAGAGCAUAUGAUGAUAACUUAGGCAGGCCUGAAGAUCAAGAACAAAGAGAAAUAUUCAGUUAUAAACAUCAGGCUAAUACCAAUUCUAAUGAAUCAUACAUUGAUGCACAUAUUCAGCCCAAACCACACCCAGAUGCUCAUUCAAGAGGAUCCUGGUCCUCUGCCGACUCCCAUGGAAAUAGUGGCCAGUCACCUGAAGAGCAGUCCUUUAGCUCUCUGACAAAUAAAAGCAAAGACAAGCAGGCAGACGACAACAAACCUGACGAACAGAAACAGAACAAUGGAAAUCAACGCCAGGAUGAUCCAGGCCAGUCACCUGAACAGCAUUCCAGUAACUCUCUGACAAAUGAAAGCAAAGACAAGCAGGCAGACAACAAACCUGACGAACAGAAACAGAACAAUGGAAAUCAACGCCAUGAUGAUCCAGGCCAGUCACCUGAACAGCAUUCCAGUAACUCUCUGACAAAUGAAAGCAAAGACAAGCAGGCAGACAACAAACCUGACGAACAGAAACAGAACAAUGGAAAUCAACGCCAGGAUGAUCCAGGCCAGUCACCUGAACAGCAUUCUAGUAACUCUCUGACAAAUGAAAGCAAAGACAAGCAGGCAGACAACAAAUCUGACGAACAGAAAGAGAACAAUGGAAAUCAACGCCAGGAUGAUCCAGGCCAGUCACCUGAACAGCAGUCCAGUAGGUCUCUGAUAAAUGAAUGCAAAGACAAGCAGGCAGACGACAACAAACCUAACGAACAGAAACAGAACAAUGGAAAUCAACGCCUGGAUGAUCCAGGCCAGUCACCUGAAGAGCAGUCCUUUAGCUCUCUGACAAAUAAAAGCAAAGACAAGCAGGCAGACGACAACAAACCUGACGAACAGAAACAGAACAAUGGAAAUCAACGCCAGGAUGAUCCAGGCCAGUCACCUGAAGAGCAGUCCUUUAGCUCUCUGACAAAUGAAAGCAAAGACAAGCAGGCAGACAACAAACCUGACGAACAGAAACAGAACAAUGGAAAUCAACGCCAGGAUUAUCCAGGCCAGUCACCUGAACAGCAUUCCAGUAACUCUCUGACAAAUGAAAGCAAAGACAAGCAGGCAGAAGACGACACACCUGACGAACAGAAACAGAACAAUGGAAAUCAACGCCAGAAUGAUUCAGGCCAGUCACUUGAAGAGCAGUCCUUUAGCUCUCUGAAAAAGGAAAGCAAAGACAAGCAGGCAGAAGACGACACACCUGACGAACAGAAACAGAACAAUGGAAAUCAACGCCAGAAUGAUCCAGUCCAGUCACCUGAAGAGCAGUCUUUUAGCUCUCUGUUAAAUGAAAGCAAAGACAAGCAGGCAGAAGACGACAAACCUGACGAACAGAAACAGAACAAUGGAAAUCAACGCCAGGAUGAUCCUGGCCAGUCACCUGACAACUCUAAUACAGGCACGACAAUUGAAGAUGAGUCUAUUGAUUUUAUGCUACGUAAUAGUAAAGACAAUAUGAACAACGACGAACCUAGCCCCAAUUUCACAGCCAGCCACGAAGACAGUCCAAUGCAUUCAAUAGAAAUCAUUUCUCUACCCACAUCUGACAACAAUGAUUGGGAACACUUACAGGUACAACAAUGUUCUAUGUCUCUUGGCGGAAAUGGUUGCCAGUCAAGACACACACCUUAUACAGAAGAGUCAACUAAUGAAUUGGCUUCUGGGUAUGUCUUUGUAGGAGGAAACGACAUCCAGUCAGGAGUCGACUUGAACAGCGAUGUUAUGCACAGUGAAGACAACUCUACUACUGGAAAGACAACUGAGCAAAAUCUGACAAAUUCAGCUCAUCGUGAAGGUGAACACGGUGAAUCAACUGACGAUUCUUAUACAGGGAAGUCAGCCGAAGAAACGAAUUUGAGUGGAGAUGAAGACGGCCUUUCAGAGAAGCAGAGUAAUGCUGGUAAAACACAGGAACGUGAUUCUUCUGUAGGUUCAGUACAAGAAGAAACCAAAGACAACGAUAAAUCAGAAGACACAACUGAACAAACGUCAUCAAAUAUGAUCACAGGAAACCAGCCUCCUGGGAAAAUGAGUCACAAGAUCAUUCCUGACAUCAGCUGUCCCGGUUACGAUGGACACGGGGUCAUCGUCAUUGACUACAAUUUUGAAGAUGGGACGCAGACGGUAAUUAAGUCAAUCUGUCAUUAA